GUGACCAACAGUUCCAUCGCACUUCCACGUCGUUGGUGGUGACUUGCUCUUCCACACCCUCAAAUUCACAGCCGCUCGACAUCUAUCUGCGUAAUUGGACCGUUGAAGCCCCCGGAUCGCCACCAACACCUGAAGGAAGUGUCCGUCGGCAACGGCACCCGCCCCGUCCUCAUGAUUCACGCUCAUUUAAGCAGGGGAAUGGAGGAAGAAGAGGUCUUCCCGCACAUUCGCUGCAAACAUUCAACCUUAAAUUCCAUCUGAUAUUGACGACACUCGGUCGCGUCCCAUCCUAGGCCACCCACCAUACAGGCAUUACAUCCUCGCCCUCGUACCGAGCAAGUGCGUGGUGGUAGCCACCCGAGCAAACUUAUUUAACCAGCUACCCUAGACGUCACCAGGGCGACAAUAUGCACGACUCUACCCGCCGCCAGCAGCUCCCUUCGUCGCAUAUUGACGUCCAAGUCCCCGUCGAUAAGUCCGUCGUGACCCUCCUCAGGGCCGAUACCCUUAUCCCGGGUCGCGGGGAGCCAAUUCGGGACGGCGCCAUCGCUGUCCGGGGCAGCACCAUCGAGUGGGUGGGCUCGUUCCCGGAGCGCCCUACCGAGUAUCAUGACAUGCAGCCGACUCAUGUGUGCGUCCUCAUGCCUGGACUCUGGGACUGCCACACCCACUUCAUGGGCGUCGACGUGGCCACCUCCAUGUCUAACCUCAUGAACUUUCUGCCCAACUACAGCGCCCUGAUCGGCGCCAUCACUGUCGACGAUCUGAGACGCACUCUCAUGGCCGGAUACACGUCGGUGCGCGAGCUCGAGGGGUACGCGGGCGACCUGUGGCCAGCAGUCAGAGACGGGCCGUUGGUCGGACCCAACAUCUACUCCUCGAUUGCAGCGCUGUCCAUCACCGGUGGCCACUGCGACGACCACCUGCAGCCCAUCGCCACGAUCAGGGACGCCAUGGAACACGGCGGGGUGCCCCUUGGCGUCUGCGACGGCGUCGAUGAAUGCAUAAAGACCGUUAGGAGAAUGGUCCGGCGAGGAGCCCGUGUCAUCAAGGUGUGCUCCAGCGGGGGCGUGCUCAGCCUCGACAAUGACCCCGAGGAUCGCCAAUUCUCCGACGAAGAGCUCAAGGCCAUGGUUGACGAGGCGGCGAGGAGCCGUCGUGCCGUCGCGGCCCAUGCCAUCGGCAAGGCAGGCAUCAUGGCUGCGCUCCGCGCUGGAGUCAAGUCCAUCGAGCACGGCACGUAUAUCGAUGAGGAGGUUGCCGACCUCAUGAUCGAAAAGGACGCCAUCUUUGUGCCGACCCAACACGUUGUCCGGACCCUCGCCACCGACUAUAUGGACCAGCUGCCGCCAUCGAUAAAGAGCAAGGUCCUCCGCCUCGACGUACAGUCUAGGGAAGCGUACAAGCUUAGCGUCAGAAAGGGUGUCAAGAUAGCAUUGGGAACGGACGUAAUGAGCAGCGACAAGUCGUCUAAGCUGUCGCAUGGAAACAAUGCUCACGAGCUGGUAUACGCGGUCGAGGCCGGCAUGACGCCACUCCAAGCCAUUGAGUGCGCGACGGCCAAUGGCCCCGAAACACUCGGAGGGCUGGCGCCGCUGAGCGGCCAGCUCAAGGAGGGAUACGACGCCGACAUCAUUGCCGUCAAAGCGAACCCGCUCGAGGAUAUCAAGGUCCUGACCAACCCGGACAACGUUACACACGUGUGGAGAGCGGGAUCGCCCUUCAAGAGUCUGCCGGCCUCCAUACGGGAGGAGUAGGUGUCUGAGGCCAGGGGCCUGCGCCUCAACACCGCGAAGCUAGUAGAUGUUCAUCAAAAUAUAGACAAGACUUGACCGCGGGUGACAGAGCUGCGAAACCACGCCGAGGCUCGUCUGGCGGUUGGAAACCC